GUGUCCGCCCGCCGCGCCGCACUUCGGCUGGGGGCGGCGGUUGCGUAAGGCUAGCCCAGCCGGCUCCCGCGGGCGGGGAGGGGUCCGCCGAGCCGGGCGGCUCUUCGUGCUGGUGGGCGGCUCGGCGGAGGGGUGGUGGCGCGGGAGGCAGCCCGGAAGAUGAUGCCCGCCGAGCGCUUUCCCUCGCGGGGGAUACUCGUUAACGCUGCGCCCUGCAACCGCCCCCCCACCCCCCCCACCCCCCCCGCUUCUCCCCAGGGCGAGCCCGGGGCAGCGCCGCCGGAGCCGCUCUCCCGCGUUGCAUAAUGUGCUGGGGGGUAGCGGGCUGCCGCGGCGGCCGCCGUGCGGGGUGGAGGGCCGGGUCCCGAGCGCCAAACCGCACCGCGGCCCCCAAGGCACCGGGAACCGCCUGACUGCCGGAGCCUGCCGGCGAGAUCCCCCCCUUCCCCGGGCGGCGCUGGGGCGCUGCGGGACCGAUCGCAUAAUAGUUCCUGGAAAUGUUGCAUUAUGUAACCACAGAAUUCGCUGGCAGCCGGGCUGGGAAGAGGGAGCUAAUUAUGCGAUUUUAUAAUCUCGCUUCAAAGAAACUAGGACAAUCUCGCCCUGAAAAAAAGCCCCAAACCCCCUGUAGCUGUGACAGAUUUUGUUAAAGUGCGUUUAAUAGGGGAAGUAGACAACUGGAGCUGUGCGUGUAAGACGUUCGAGGCCAUUUGCUCGGAUUUUUAACUCCACGCCUUCAGAGACGGUUUUGAUAAGGCUGUAUUUUUAGGAAGGCAUUUCGCCCAGACGCUGAGCCAUCUCUCUCCGAUUUUUAAGAAGAUUCCCAUUCCCUCUGCCAAGAAAAUUCAUUCUAGACACUUCUGUCUGAGAAUAUGAAAGAAAAGGAAGAAUGUGUGUGGAUUUAAAAUUACUGUAUUUAUCAAGUUGUUGUGGAGUGAAAAGUACAGGGGAAAUAGCUUGCUCUGUUGCUUCUUGUAGAUCUACUACAAAUUGUUUCUGAUGCAGCUAAGAAAAAUGCAGACCCUUAAAAAGGAACACGGACCUAUUGACACAAGUAGCAAUGUCGACAAAAUUAUGGUACUUAAGUCUACUUUAUCAGAAGUGUCUGAAGAAUUAUCUACAAAUGAAGAUAUGCUACUUACUGAAGCAAGUAGUGGAAAAAGCAAAUCUUCAGCUUGCCGGAGAAAGCGAGAAUUCAUUCCAGAUGAAAAGAAAGAUGCUAUGUAUUGGGAGAAAAGGCGGAAAAAUAAUGAAGCUGCCAAAAGAUCUCGUGAAAAACGACGACUGAAUGACCUUGUCUUAGAGAACAAACUAAUUGCACUGGGAGAGGAGAACGCCACUUUGAAGGCGGAGCUGCUCUCAUUGAAGCUAAAAUUUGGUUUAAUUAGUUCUGCAGCCUAUGCCCAAGAGAUACAGAAACUCAGUAGCUCAACAACUGUGUAUUUCCAAGACUAUCAGAGUUCCAAAUCAAAUAUUAACUCAUUUGUAGAUGAACAUGAACCAUCUAUAGUUGGUAGCAGUUGUAUUUCUGUCAUUAAACAUUCUCCUCAAAGCUCAAUGUCCGAUGUGUCUGAAAUAUCAUCUGUAGAGCAUACUCAACCAAGUCGUAUACAAAGCAACUGCAGAAGUCCUGAAAACAAGUUCCAGAUUAUAAAACAGGAGCCCGUGGAAUUAGAGAGAGAGCAAAGAGAUGACAGAGCUUCAUAUAAAGCAUCCAUAUAUCCAAACUACAUGGGAGCUACCUUUAACAUGUACUCACAUUCUCCUCCUCUCUUGCAAGUUAAUAGGUCAUCCAGUAAUUCCCCCAGAACAUCAGAAACUGAUGAUGGUGUAGUUGGAAAGUCAUCUGAUGGAGAAGAUGAGCAGCAGGUUCCUAAGGGUCCAAUCCAUUCCCCAGUUGAGCAUAAAAAUGUUCAUGCAACAGUUAAAGUUCCAGAAGUGAAUUCUUCAGCUUUGCCUCACAAGCUUCGAAUUAAAGCCAAAGCGAUGCAAGUUAAAGUGGAAGCGAUGGAUAAUGACUAUGAUGCAACACAGAAAUUGUCAUCACCCAUUGACAUGUCCUCAAAAAGACAUUUUGAGCUUGAAAAACACAGUGCGCAAAACUUGGUGCAUUCUUCUCACACUCCUUUCUCGGUUCAAGUGACUAAUAUCCAAGACUGGUCACUUAAACCAGAACUUUGGCAUCAGAAAGAACUCAAUGUAAAAAUUCAGAGUGGUUGCAAAACUGGAGUUGUUGAAAUAAAAGACAAUAUCUACAAUGUCUCUGAGUCAGAGAACCUGUAUUUGAAGCAGGGCAUAGCAAACUUAUCUGCAGAGGUUGCUUCACUUAAAAGACUUAUAACUACACAACAAAUCUCUGCAUCAGACUCUGGUUAAGUUACUACUGAAUAAAGGCUUGUUGUUUUAAAGGAUGUCAUUUGCAGUAGAUCAAUAUGUUUUGUAUUAUGCUGAAUUUUCACUGGACUUGUGAUGUCAUUUCACUGUAAUGUUCACAUAAUGUCUGAUUGGUGUCCUUUUGUGCACAAAUUACUAUGAAGAAUAGGUUGUGUUAUGAUCACUAUGCCUUGUGUAUAGUCAAGUAGCCUGUACAAAGGCUGUAUAUAGUGAACUUUAUUUUCUUUUUGUUCUACUACAAAGCGUGCAAGUUACCAGUUACAAUAAAAUAUUGGUGACAAACACAGAACAUCUACUCCAGUUCAGUUGAUUUUAUGAACUUGUAAAUAAGUUGUUAAUUAAAAACUGGCUUUUUCUUACACUGUGUUCAACUUCACUUACGUGUUUGGUUUUUACAGCCUAACAACCAAAUUACAAUUUACAAUGUGUAAUCCUUCUGGCCACCUUUUUCCUUAAUAUGUUUUUUUAGAAGAGAAUAGAAAUAAAGUGAAUAUUUAUAAAUGAAACAGUACCAAUUUAUAGCCUUAGCCUUCUGUAACUUAUUUAUUAGUAGAAGUUAACCAAAAACCAUGCAAAUUUUAACCCUACUGGGUUCUAAUAUCAACAACCUUUUUUUCUCCUAUCUCAGAUGAGACAGUAAUGAGUUUCCUGAAUGGUUUAUUGUGGUGAACCAUGUUUUCAAUAUUAUAACUUGGUGUUUUAGAUUAAAUUAGUUAAGUUGGAUUUAUGCAUCUGCAAAGUUUUCAGAGCCUUGCAGUGACAGAAUUGGACACAACCAUCUUUGUCAAGGGGUGGCUUGUGUGUUCAAGGGGUGCAAGCUUGGAAAGAAGUAUGCACAAAGGCUGCACAGAAGGGUCUGUCCCUCUUGCGUACCAUGGUUCUUUCCACAGCAGGCUGUUGGCCACCUGCAGGUGAAGGAUAAGGCUACUGGAUCUGUAAACUCUGAGUUCAGCUAGGCAAAUAUCUACAGAAGGGGCAGGCAGUGGUAGUAACGGAGUUAGAUGAGACCAUCUGCUAAGUUCAUUCCCAGUGUGGGACAUAAUGCAGCUGUAAGUACAAAGCAAGACUUACCACCUAUUUGGCCUUGAUUUCAAUGGCUUAGUUAACUGAACUGGAACACCCUGGCUCACUACAGGGUAUUUUGCAAGAACUUCUUAAUCUAAAAUAGAGACUAUGUGAAGAACUGAGCAACCAAGAUAGUACUAGCCCCUCGUGAUUUCUGCAGAUGAUAAGUUCUUCACUUGAUGACUGGGCAGGGCUGCAGUGCUCUGUGUCUUUGAGAAGAGCCAUUGAACCAUGGAGACUAGAACUGCAUCACAUAUCCUUGGUUUGGCUUACCGAAGUCUUUCAUUUUAAAAUUAAAAAUAAUUUAUAAAUAGAGCAUAGACUUGGCAGAGGUUCUUUUCAUGAUACUUCCCCCUUCUUUUAACAUCCUAAUAAAUCAGACUAACAAGCUUUUUCUGAAAAGCCUUUUUAUUAAUCACCAUACUGUAUAAUAAAUGGAACCUUUCCAUAGGCUUAAAAUACUAAUUAAGAAAACAAUAUGUAGGUAUUGUUUUUUAAAUUCAUACUUGACUUGAGUGAGAGGAAGUUUGUCAAUUUUUUGGGGAUAUGAAGAGGAGUCUGAGUCACUCCUGACAGCUCUGAAGCUUGGUCCAGCAGUCAAGGCAAUGGCAAAACUCCCUGAUGUCAGCAAGGCCAGGAUUUGAUUCUGUACCUUUUCAGGAGCUGAUGAUUCACAGCCAUGUACUGGGAGGACCUUGGCACAGAAAUCACUGGUACUUUCUGAGCUUUUUUGAGCCUUCUAACUGCUGUGCUGUAUUUGUGGCAUUCAGAGUUAAUAAACUGUUAUUCUUUUUUCAUGCCUUAAUAAUACAAUAGACCCCAUAGUUGGGCUCUGUAUGUAUUUGGUAAUUACUAUAGAUGACAUUUCAAUGUUACUGAAAAUAAGCUCAGGAUUAUUGCAUGAAAUGUAAAAAUUUGCAUUGAAUGAUGGGGAUAUGAGACACGAGGCAGUGAUUGCUACUGUCUCUGCUUGCUAAGUAUCUUCUGUAAGCAACAAUAAAAUUCUUUAAAUAUUUUGCAUAUUAUUUAUCACAUGUAAUGUGUUCAAGGAGAGGACUUAAAACUCUCAGUGUUGCCAUCUGUGUAAGCCUAGAUCUAUUGGGUUUUUUUCCAUUUCUUGUUACAGUUGUUUGUCAUAAUGGAAGAAUGUUGUCCUCUUUCUAGCUCAUAUAUUUUGUGUAUCUGUUUUGUGCAAUUAAUACUUAACAGUAAUGAUGUAGUUAAUUUGUUGAAGGAUGUCAUUGCAAGAAAGUUAUAGCAUGGAGCUUAGGAGCACAAUCAGAUGUUAUUUAUACUUCCUUUAUACCUUAGUGUUAUGCUUCAUUUGAAGAAAGAAAUAAAUAAUUUGUCUUUUGUUCAAAA